CUAACUUAAUGAGUUAGUUACAUUCGUUAGGCUCAUUUCCCUCAGUUCGGAAUGACAGCCAAAUGCUGCGCACGAAUCUCAAGACAAUACCCCAUUUUAUGAUUGAGCAACAUUGAAUCCACGUACCAGCUCGGGCAUCACGCUGUUUGAUCUGUUUCAGUUCGAACAUGAGAAUUAUCAUAAAGCUUCCCUCCGUGUGUCAAGUAAACAGCUGCCCUCAUGUCCAUACGGUCACAAUCAAUCGACAUCUUCGAGACUUCUCAUCCAGUGCUCUCACUCAUCUUUCAACCAGACGAUCCAACACGCACAGAUAUUAUCGAUGGAAAUACUGGUCAGCUGUACUACAGCGUGGACACUAUCAAACAGCGAAAACAUCAGUUAACCCUGGUACGAAGAGCGGCUAGUCCUCUUGACAGUCCGUCGACCAUUGGAGAGGAGACCAUUAUUGCUUCAUUCGAAUGGCAUAGGUACAAGUCAGAUAUGAUAUCGUUUGGAGACAACAUGCCAACUCCCGCGACAAGCUGGUUGAAGAGAAGCAUGAAUCCCUUCAAUACGACUGUGUCCUUCAAGGACCAAACCUGGAAAGCGUAUCAAUGGAAGGGAAACUCACCUGGUCUAUCCUUGAAAUUAUACUCCAGUAACAACGCAUCACCUGUCGCCGAGUUUCACAGACAACACCCCCCCAGCAGCUCUCUACCCCAAGGUUCACCGGCGUCUUUAAUGAUACAUGAUCGCGACAUUGGUUCAGCGAGGCUUGAUCACAUCGUGGCUUCUUUCUUGUACCUUGAGAAAAUACGCAGAGAGAAGGAGGAAGGAGGACUGCACCACAACGUACAACCUCAGGACAAUGGGGGCAGUAUGACGUUGAACUUAUUAGGAAGGGCUUCAGCACAACGCGAGUAAAAGAUUAGCG